ACAGAAACAGUGCGGCUGAUUUCUUUCUUUCAGUAAACUGUUUUAUUCUCCUCGGAAAGUUGGCGAAUGUUGUCGCUUCUGCAGCCUCAGGUGGUCUCCAUCCUAGAGACACUUGUGAAGGCCACGGUGCUAAAAAUGGACAGAGUUCUGGAUGAAUCUCUGUUGAAGUUUACAGAGAGCGACUCUCUCAGCACAGCGGCCGGGUUUAAGGCUCAGUUGAAUGCUGUCCUAGAAAUGCAAGUAAAGGAAGCGGUGGAGAAGAUCUGUAGGCUCUUCAGUGACACCUCAGCAGUUUUACAUCGGCGUUUAACUCAAAGGCAGAUUGCACACAAUAACCUCAAGAGGAAACAGAAGCCGGUGGCAAAAAGACAUAAAACUGUGUCACAAAGGAAGCAAGGACAUCAUGAAAGACCCAAAGGGCAUCCAACAGCCUCUGAGGAAUCAGUUUCUGCUUUCUCACAAAGUUGGAGAGAAGAGGAGCACCAAAAUAUUGAGAAUCCUGAGAUCAUGAUUACCUCAGUCUCAACAUUACAGCAGACAACCAGAAUGAGUGAAUUUAUAGACAUUGAAGAAGAGAGGCCGGAACAGACCUUAGAAAAUGCUAUCGACAUUGGAAAAUCAGGGGAAAAUAGUGAAGAAGAACACAUCUGCAGGUCAGAAGAGGUUGAUGUUCCUUCUGAAAUGAUAUGGAAGGAAGCAAUUGCAGUUACAGCUUUAAAUGAUGUGAGACAGACAAGGCAUAUAAAGGCACAAACUAGAUACUGGAAAAGAGAAAGUAAGCUCCAUUGUAAGAACUGCAAAAGAACCUUCAGCAAGUUGAUUCAUCUUAGAGCACACAAGGCUCUCCAUGCUGCUGUGGAGAAACCCCUUAGCUGUUGCCAAAGUGGUGAGACUUUCAUUCAUCAGAGGCAUCCAAGACAUCAUGAAAGAUUUUGUAGCAUGACAAUAUGCGCAAAAGGUAAAACUUAUGGAGAGAUCUGCAAAAGACCUCAUUCUCUUCAGAAACACAUGAUGGCAAACUCAGUGAAGAAGCAGCAUAGCUGUGACACGUGUGGGAAGACCUUUGCCUGUCUUUCUAAUCUGCACAGACACCAGAGGAUCCAUACAGGGGAGAAACCAUUUACCUGCCAGACGUGCGGGAGAAGUUUCAACCAGCUGAACACACUAAAGUCUCACGAACGAAUUCACACAGGUGAGAAACCUUACGUGUGCAAAUCAUGUGGGAAAGGAUUCAGCCAGCCCAAUGGGCUGAGGCUACACGACGGCCGGCACGUAGGACAGAACGGCUUCACCUGUGUCGUCUGUGGGAUGGAGUCAGGUUGCAUGGCUGCUUUGGAGAUGCACCUUAGGACUCACCUGGGGGAGACCAUCUCAUGUAGCUCCUGUGGAGAAAGCAUCAGUUCUCUGAACAGCCUGCAGAAUCACCAGAACCAACAUGGUGGUAGCAAAUCUCACAGAUGUGGCAUCUGUAAAAAAUCCUUCCGAAGUGCUGGCAACUUGAAAAUUCACGAAAGGACUCAUACUGGAGAAAGGCCCUAUAGCUGCUCAGUGUGCGGCAGAACGUUCACCCAACAGAACAGCCUCAAAUCUCACCAGCUGUCCCAUACUGGGGAAAGGCCUUUCAGCUGCGAUGUGUGCGGCAAGGGCUUUUCCUCUGCAGGGAAUCUCCGCAGACAUCAGCGCGUACACACUGGACAGAAGCCUUACAGCUGUAAUGUCUGUGAGCGCAGUUUUACCCAGCUAAACACGCUAAAAGCUCACAUGUAUAUACACACAGGCGAGAAACGGUACACUUGUGACAAGUGUGGUAGGAGUUUUGGUUAUCAGAGAAACUUGAAAAGCCAUAAAUGUGCAUAUGACCGGUGAAAUGUUCUCUUAUACACCACAAGUCAGUUAUUGUGCAAAAGUCAGAGAUCAAUUUCCAGGUAAAAUAGCCAUAAAGGACAAGAUACUUAAAAGGAGAAUGAGUGACUCUUAACAAAUGUGCAAGACCUGGUAGAGCACCAGAACUGUUACCAUCAGAGAAACAGUACUUUCAUCUUUGAGAGUGAAGAGAAAAUAAAACUCCUCUCUUGCUUUAAAAAAAUACCUGUCCAUCGCUGUGGGUCUGAAAGGAUGUGUAGUUGUCAAGAAUCCAUUACUGAGAAAACUUGGCAAAUUAAACAAAGAUCAAAGGCCUCUCUACCCCAGAACUCAAUUUCACUGAAUGUGUUUGAGAUUACUUGAAUCAUAAGAGGCAGAAAAUGCAACCCAUAUCUGAGAGUGGUCUUUGGAGGUGUGGAAAAAUAUCCCUGCAGAUUUCUUUGAAAAACAGAGAGCAACUUCUGUGGAACUUUAAAGUACCCUAUUGCAUUGUGCAAACUGCAUGUCUGAGUCAUCACACUUGCCUCAAACCACAGUGAGUGGUUAAAUAAUCUCAAAUAGACUUGCAUAUGUAGUUCUUAAAAGUCUUUGGCAUAAUGUUGUCAAUAAAAAUCAAUAAAAGUCAGUGCAAUUCUCCUCAUAACUCCAGUGCAAAAUGAAGCAAACCUCAUGUUGUUUUUGAUGUUUGUUAUGUAAAAGAGACAGUGCAAAAGCUCAGUAUACUGAAGAAGCUCCAUGAAUUCUCUCUUAACCCUCUUAAUGCAAGGGAAAUAUGAAAAGAAUAUAUAGUGGUUGUGUGAAUUAAUAAAGCACAAAAUAGUUCUCUU